AUGGCCAAGCCAGAGCAAACACUUUAUGAAGCUAUCACUAGAAAUGACAUUGAUUCUGUGAGAAUUCAACUGGCAAACAAUGUCAAUCCAAAUGUUUUCCAUAAUAAUCCGACAAUUACACCACUUAUUUUAGCUGCGAAGCUAAAGUUCUAUGACAUCGCAAAUGAACUAUUGUUAUUUGGAGCUGACGUGAAUGGGGUUGAUGAAUUUGGACGGACUGCGUUGCAUGUUGCAGUGGACAAUAAUGAUGAGGCUACCGUCUAUAUUCUUAUGUUUCAUAAUUGCAAUUUAGAAAAAUAUGACAACGAUGGUAUAACUCCUCUUACGUUGGCUGUGGAGAAAAAUAACAUCUACAUGGUUCGUUAUUUAGUUGCACAUGGAGCAGUGGUUUAUAAGGAAGAGGAUGCAAUUGAACUCCCACCCCUCAUUCUUGCUGCUUGCCUUGGAUAUGCUGAUAUCCUUCAAUUCCUGCUGAGUGUGGAAGAGGGCGACAGCAUUAAGAAGAGAAUGCAUAUGAAUUUUGCCCUCUGUAUGGCCGUCGAUAAAGACCAACUCGAAGUAGCAAGGCUCUUGAUUGAUUACGGUGCACCAUUAGGUCGCUGGGAUGAAUUUGAUUUAUCUCCUUUGGAAUAUGCCAUUAUUGGAGAACAGGAUGCCAUGAUUUCACUUCUUCUAUCUCACAAUGCCUCGGUUAGCGACACAAACCGCCAUGGCUUCACUCCACUUAUGAUAUCAAUCAUUUAUAACAACCCUUCUGCAGCAUCACUGCUACUUUGGUAUGGAGCGGACCCGGAUGCGCUGAUAAAUGGCUAUAGAACAACAGGAGAACAGCUCGCAAUGGAUAUGGGGAGGGAGGAAAUUUCCCAAAUAAUUUUUUCGUGGAAAUAUGAGUUCGAGCCUUCAAUGUUUGAAUAG